AUGUUCAGAGUAAGCUCACGUAGAUGCAGCAGUCUUGCAGCACACUUGCGCAGGCUGCUUAGCAGAUCUAUUCAUUCCUCCGUCAGAACAAACUAUAUUGACAUUUCUACUAGACCAGAAAUCGAAUUGCCGUAUCUUACCGGUCAACCUACUCAUGAAACCCGUCCACAUUAUUUACCCAUGCCUGGGUAUUUGACGCCAGGAAUUUCCGCUGAAGAAUACUACGAACGUAGAUGUGUCUUGGCGGCAAGAUUACCUCCUAAUUCGGUGGCUAUUUUGGUCGGUAACACAGUAACCUUCAGCUCAGGAAGUGUCUUCCAUGAUUUCCAACAGGAUAACGAUUUUUACUACAUGACCGGUUGGCUUGAACCUAAUUCAGCUGCUGCUAUUGUCAAGGGUGCCACUGAUGACGAUGUCUCAUUACACAUGUUUGUCCCGGCCAAGGACCCUCUGGUACAAAUAUGGGAAGGUGAAAGACUGGGCCUUGAAGGUGCAAUGGAUUUUUUCAAUGCUGAUGUUGCAGAAGAUAUUUCCAAAGUUGGAGUGGAACUUCAAAAACUUGUAGAAUCAUCUGAAUAUGUGUUUUGGGAUGAUAAGUCCCGAUCUAAGGUUGGUAAUUCUUCUGCAUUCCAGAGUUUCUUUUCGCUUCAAAGUGUUACUAGAACCCCAAAGACCAUCCAAGAUCUUGUUAAGAGCCUGGGAAAGACGGUAAGGUCACUUUCAUCCCUUAUUUCCGAACAAAGAGAAGUCAAAUCAGACUCUGAAAUUGAAGUAAUGCAUGCAGCAGCACUGAUUUCAUCCAGAGGUAUCAACAAAGCCAUGGCAACUGUGGGGUCCGAUUCACCAUUAUACACAGAAAAGGCAUUAGCACAAUACUUGGAGUACCAAUUUGUCCAUGGAGGCUGUGACAAGCAGGCUUACAUCCCGGUAGUAGCUAGUGGGAAAAAUGCUCUUACUAUUCAUUACACCAGAAAUGACGAUCUCUUAUAUCGAGAUGAAACAGUUUUUGUAGAUGCUGGAGGAAAAUUAGGUGGAUAUUGUGCUGAUAUUUCCAGAACUUGGCCAAACUCACCUAAGGGUUUCUCUGAAGCUCAAAGAGAUAUAUAUGAGGCUGUUUUGGCAGUCAACAAAAAGUGCAUUGAGCUUUGUCAUUCGCAACUUGGUUACUCACUUCAUGACAUCCAUGAAAGAUCAGUCAAAUAUAUUGGUGAAGAAUUGAGAAACUUGACUGGAUUUGAUGGACUCACAGACUCAAACGUAGCCCGUUUCUUAUAUCCACAUUACAUUGGUCAUCAUCUUGGAUUGGACCUUCAUGAUAUCCCUGGGGCUUCAAGAUUUAAGAAGCUUGUACCAGGUAAUGUUAUAACUAUUGAACCCGGUGUUUAUGUCCCUAUUGACGAAAAAUGGCCUAAAUGGUACCGGGGAAUUGGUGUCAGAGUGGAAGAUGAUAUUGUUGUGGGUAGCGAUUCUGUUGAAAUUUUGAACUUGACUAGUGGUUGUGUUAAAGAAGUGAAGGACAUUGAGCUGUUGAUUCAGGCUGGUAAGGUGACUACCCCUGGGGUAUACGAUGAGUUGGUCGUAUUGGAUAUAUAA